AUGCGCGCCUUCGCCCUGCUGAGCGCGUUCGCGGCCGUGCUGGCGGCGCCGGCGGCUUCCAAGCGCCAUCAUGGCAACGCGACGAUUGGCGGCCGCGGUGACCUCAUGACCCUCGCCACCUCCGACCACUGGCCGUGCGCCGUGUCGGAGUCUUACAAGCUCACGGUGACCGCGUCCAAGUGCUUCACGACCACGGAGCUGUCCAAGCUCUACUCGGCCACGUGGCCCGUGUCCAACGCCAAGUUCGACUCGAGCAAGUUCUCCAUCAAGUUCGAGUCGUGCCCCUCCAGCUACGGCGACGAUGACGACGAAGCGGCCCCGGCGGUGGCCGCGCCGCUCGCGCGCCCGCCUCAGAUCGAGAUCCUCAAGGGCAAGACCAAGUCCUCCGUGGCCGGAGCCAUCGUGAUCCGCGUGUGUGCGGCCCGGGACUGCGCCGUGCUGGACUCGGACAUCGUCAUCACCAACAUCAACAAGAUGAGCUCGGCGCUGACUCAAUCCGUGCGCAACCGCGUGGACUGCCCCACGCCCGUGCACGGCGUCUCGUGCCGCGAGAAGAACCAGUGCCAGUGCUUGUGCCCCGAGGGGCUCUCGAACAUCAACGGUGUGUGCUCGUGCCCGACCGGUAUGACGCUCGAGGACGGCGAGUGCAAGUGCCCCGGCUUCCAAGUUGAGAUUGCCCCAGGCGUGUGCGGCUGCUCCGGCGGCCGACAGCUCGUCAACGGAGUCUGCAAGUGCACGGGCGGCCAGGAGCUCGUCGGCGGCUCGUGUGCCUGCACGUGCGGCCAGGAGCUCGUGAACGGCGUCUGCACGUGUCCUGGCGGCCAAAAGCUCGUCGGGGACAAGUGCAUGUGCACUGGCGGCCAGACAAUGGUCAACGACGUAUGCGCGUGCACUGGGGGUCAAACCCUCGUGGACGGAGUGUGCGCGUGUACCGGCGGCCAAAAGCUCGUGGACGGCGUUUGCACUUGUACCGGCGGCCGCUCACUGGUGGACGGCGUGUGUGCGUGCACUGGCGGGCAGUUGUUCGCCAACGACGUGUGCGCGUGCCCCGCGCUCAUGUCGCUCAAGAACGGCGAGUGCUCCUGCGAUGGAGGCCGAGCUGAGGUGAGGCCCGAUGUCUGUGAGUGCACGGGUGGCCAAGAGAUCGCCAACGGAGAGUGCGCGUGCACUGGAGGACAGACGCUCGUCGACGGCGUGUGCAGAUGUCCGUCGCUCAUGUCGCUCGAGCACGGCGUUUGCACGUGCGACGGCGGACGGACCGAAGUUAGCACUGGCGUGUGUGAGUGCACCGGCGGCCAAGAGAUCGUGGACGGAGAGUGCGCGUGCACUGGAGGACAAUUGUUCGAGGACGGCGAGUGCUCGUGUCCAGCGUUGAUGUCACUAGUGGGCGGCUCCUGCACCUGCGACGGUGGCCGGACUGAAGUUAGUACGGGCGUGUGCGAGUGCACUGGUGGCCAAGAGAUCGUCGAUGGUGCCUGCACGUGCACGGGUGGCCAGUCACUGACCAACGGAGAGUGUACGUGCCCCACCAACCAGAUUCUGGUCGACGGCGUUUGCUCGUGCCACAGUCAGCAGGCGCUGGAUGGUGACGUUUGUGUUUGCACUGGUGGCCAAACGGAAAUCGUCGAUGGUUCCUGCACAUGCACUGGUGGCCAGUCACUUACCAACGGAGAGUGUACGUGCCCCACCAACCAGAUUCUGGUCGACGGCGUUUGCUCGUGCCCGACUCAGCAGGUGCUGGACGAUGAUACCUGUUGUGCGUGUACCGGCGGCCAGGCAGUCGUGGACGGCGUUUGUGCAUGCGUCGGUGGGCAGCAUCUUCUCGACAGCGAAUGCGUAUGCCCAUCCUUCAUGUCGUUUGCCGACAACGUGUGCUCCUGCGAUGGAGGUCGAACUGAAGUCGCCCCUGGUGACUGCCAGUGCACCGGCGGUCAGUCGAUCGUGGGCGACGUCUGUGCUUGCACCGGUGGACAGACCCUUGAGGAUGGCGAGUGCACAUGUCCGGCGCUGAUGUCACUCGUGAAUGGAGUUUGCACUUGCGACGGUGGUCGAACGGAAGUCUCUGCUGGUGUGUGCCAAUGCAUCGGUGGCCAGGAGCUCGUCGAUGGUGAAUGCAAGUGCCCGCCGUACCAGUCGCUCGUGAACGGUGUCUGCUCGUGCCCCGAGGGAGAGCACGCUGAGGACGGCGUGUGUGUGCCUACGUGCUACUGGAAGGAGAACAACGCCGGUAUCGCAUGCGCAUGGACCGACCCAGAGAAGGACUACCUGACGCUCAAGGAGGACUGCAAGGUCCACGCCCCCGUGCCCAAGGACAGCUACGUAAACGACGGACGCAACAACGAGAACGACGCAACUAAGGUUGACCCGGUGGUGUCGAUCACCGCAACCAGAGAGGGCGAUCUCGUCGGCGUGACCCACAAGGCGUCGUGGAAGGACUUCGCGCUCACCCCUGAGAAUCUCGAGAACGAGGUCACCUUCAGCUCAUUCGGUGUCUUUGACUUGUCGCUGACUGCGACGAACUACCGCUACCCUGCUUCAUGCACGGGCUGCAUCGCCAUUGUCGACGACUUCCCGCCCACCGCCAAGGACCAGUGCAAGACGACUGAUGAGCAAGACACGCCGGCGCUGUACUCCACGGACAACCUUGAGGCGGCGAUUGCGGAGGAGGCAACGUUCGCGGCCUUCCACAGCGCUGACAAUGUCGUUAACAAUGGUGAGUAUGACGCCGUCACGGGUGCGAACGAGCGUUGCGACGAGAGCUCCGCCUCAAUGCAGGACUUCUUCGCGUCGUCUCCGUCGCAGUUGGCGUCUUGCGGCACGGCUGCCGAAGAGACCGAGAAGAAGACCGCCACGUCGGACUCGUGCGCGUUCAGCUACUGCCUCCAGAUGCCCGCUUCGAGUCUCGUCACGGUCACGGCCGGCAUCACGGAGGUCGCCAAUGAGAAGACGACGGCGACCAUCGCUGGACUUCCCACCGCCAUUACGCCUGGCCCCAAGGACAUUCACCACAGCAUUACGUGCACGUCGUUCAGCCAGGGCUGCGAGUACACUCCGACGCUGGGAGAGCUCUACGAACACUCGUCCGACUGGGGCGUGUCGGUGCCCGACACCUACGACGUCGACGACUACGUGUUCUGGCGUUACACUGUGGGCAUCGAGUCCUGGACCUCGUGGGACGAUAGCGCGGUGCUGACAUUCACUGAGCCCUCGACGGAGGUGUAUGUGGAGGCCUGGACGCACUGCGGCCGGGUGCUCGCAGACUCCUUCACGGUGGUGCUGCACCCUCACAGCCUGCGCAAUAUCUGCUCGGGCUUCAACGGCUUGUGGUCGGAGCUCACUGCGUACCCACGUACUGUCGAGUCGCACAUCUGCGCGUACCCCGACAGCGACUUCGUGCUGAUGCAGUUCGCGUACGACAACGAGCUUCACUCGGGUCUGACCCACGACGAGGGCACGGUUCAGGGCAAGUACACGGACGUCAAGUGCUACGUGACGCUGGCCGAGUCGGGAGCUGUGAAAUCCGUCACAGAGGGUCAAGUGCCGUUGUCAUGGACCCCGGGAGCUAAUGGCCACUUCCAAGUGUCCAAGGAGCUGGCGCUCGAGCUGGUGCACGACGCGGAGACCUCUGAAAACACGGACGUCCAGGUCAAGUGCGACUUCACCUUCACGUUCUUCGAUGGCUCCGAGAAGGUCGAGACGUGCCCGCACUCGUUCACGAUCACCGCGUGCGAUCGGCCGGUGGUCGAGACCUACGGCGAAGAGGAGGUGUGCAAGGCUGGCGAGUGUCUGUCGCCCUCGGGAACGCCCGGGCCGUUCGAGGCCUGCCUGGGAAGCGUCUUCACGACUGUGAACUCGGUGACCCAGGAGAAGACACUGGCAGGCGAGUGCUGUGCCGAGUGCAGCACGACGCUGGCCUGCGAGCCGCUGCCUGAAUCAAGCGAGACUGAUGGCGUGCAGCGCUGUGUGCCGGCGACCGCGCGUGAGCUUCUGGUGAUGGCGUUGCGGGGCGAGACCGAGUGGAAACAGGCCACAUCGACGCCGUCGGUGCUUGUGGCGUUCUUGGGCGUGACGGCUCUGGUCGCUGGCGUGACGCUGGUGGUCGUCAAGCGCCGGAACGCGCGUGCUCCGGUCGUGGACGAUGCCUACUACCCGCUCCUCGGCUGA